AUGGGCUCACACUCGAAAGCGAUACCUCCCUCCGAUAAACCUUGCACCUCUAUUCCCCCUAAUCUCCUCCCGUCGGCGCCUGCAUCUCCUCCGACCCCGGCUCCCAGUCCUACUCCCCACCAGCGACUACCCUCUUGGCGAGCGCCUGAACAGGAAGAGGAUGCGUUGCUUUUGAACACCAAGUUUUUCGAGUCUUUGUCCGGGCCUCGAAGGCAACAGUACUUGGAAGCUAUCCUUAGUCUAUGCAGCAGCCAGCAACUUAGUUUUGUCUCGAGCUAUGUCGCUCCCCGCCUACGAAAAGAUCCGUUUCGCGUCUUUCCAACGGAGAUAUCUUUAAGAGUUCUCUCCUUUGUUGAGGACCCAAAGACUUUGGCGCGAGCAUCACAAGUAUCGAAACGAUGGCACGCACUGUUGGAGGACGAUAUCACCUGGAAGAAUCUCUGCGAGAAACAUGCGUUCACCCAUCGGCGACCUGCAGAAGAUAAUCAGGAUAUCAUUGAGUCCAUUCAUAACCACCGCACGAACUCCUUGAGCGGGCUACAAAGGAGACCUAAUAGUGCCACGAUUCAGUCCCGGGAUGGUUUUGCAGAUAUCCCUCGGUCGUUAUCUGGAGAUUGGAUUGCAUCUUCGAGCAUACAGACGAGGAAACGUCGAGUUCGGCCUCUUUCUUACAAAUACCAUUUCAAACAGAAAUAUAUGAUUGAAUCGGCGUGGAGUAAGGGCGGCAGAUGCACCCAGCGACAUAUCUCGCCCGACCAGGGCGUAGUAACAAGUCUGCAUCUUACUCCCAAAUACAUCGUGGCUUCGCUGGACAAUGCUAAAAUCCAUGUGUAUGACACCAACGGAGAAAACCAGAAAACACUCGAAGGACAUGUGAUGGGCGUUUGGGCUAUGGUUCCCUGGGACAACAUUCUGGUCAGCGGUGGUUGUGACCGGGAAGUGAGAGUAUGGAACAUGGCCACCGGCGAAUCGAUCUAUCUACUACGCGGCCAUACGUCGACAGUGCGUUGCCUGAAAAUGUCAGAUAAGAACACGGCCAUUUCCGGCUCGAGAGAUACUACGCUGCGGAUAUGGGAUCUGAGGACAGGUACGUGCCGCUCUGUUCUGGUUGGUCACCAGGCCAGUGUCAGGUGUCUGGCUGUUCACGGAGAUAUCGUUGUUUCUGGAAGCUAUGAUACCACAGCGCGCGUUUGGAGCAUAUCGGAGGGGCGUUUUCUGCGAGCACUAUCUGGUCAUUUUAGUCAAAUCUAUGCGAUUGCCUUUGAUGGCCGCCGUAUCGCGACUGGCAGUCUUGACACCAGCGUUCGAAUCUGGGACCCAAAUACUGGCCAGUGUCAUGCUAUCCUCCAGGGUCAUACGUCGUUGGUUGGGCAACUGCAGAUGAGCGGCGAUACUUUGGUCACCGGUGGCUCUGAUGGGUCGGUCCGCGUUUGGUCAUUGACUAGAAUGGCUCCCAUUCAUCGGUUGGCGGCCCAUGACAACAGCGUGACGAGUCUUCAGUUCGACAAUAACCGGAUAGUCAGUGGUGGUAGCGACGGCCGCGUCAAAGUCUGGUGUCUGCGGACCGGACAGCUUCUUCGGGAGUUGUCGACACCCUCGGAUACGGUUUGGAGAGUUACGUUCGAGGAGGAAAAGGCAGUCAUAAUGUCGAGUAGAUCCGGUCGUACUGUUAUGGAAGUCUGGAGUUUCUCACCACCUCCAGAAGACACUGAGUUUGACGCAGCAACAAUCGGCGCUUCGUCUAGUAUAUCUGAACCACCACCGGUUCGCGAUAGUCACCCAAUACGACCACUCGUACUUCCGGAUCUUCCGCAAAGAAGCGAUGGCGACCAAGUAAUGGUGGAUGUUCCACCAUAAACUGUGGAGUGCUUCAACACGACAAACUAGCGUCUUCUUAAUUUGCACCUUCAGCGUUGUUGCUUCGGUUUGCUGCUUCUAACGAGAUUCCCCGCACCGCCGGCGUGCAGGAUUGGUCACAUAUUCACUGGUUAGCAUUUGCAUUCUGGGUGUUUAGGUUCAUGCUGCAAUGUUUUCUGUCUAUGGACUUCGUGGAGUUAGAUAGGGAAUGGCUGCCAUACUGGCUUGAUACCAGCUGGAAUCUUAUGCGGAAAUUGUACUCAUUUU